AAACUUAUUUUUUAUAAGAAAUAAGCGUUGUUCCCACAAGCGGAUGUCUAUUAAUUAUUGCAAAGUCUGGCAUAACAUGAAUAAAACAUAGCCUCGAUUCGCAGAACAUUGUCAACAAGAGUCGUGAAAUCACGUGCGCCCAUAACCAAUAACAAAUUAACCUCAUGUUAUUAUUGCGAAAACGUUAUUCAUUAAAUAAGUACGAGGAAACGGAAGAGAAUCAAAAUCGUGGAUCCGCCAUUUAAAUAUGACGCACAAAUCGUUUACCUAUCCGAUUUUUUUUUUAUUGUUAUCAUGAAAGGCCUUUAAGUUUUUAUUCGGAUUAUACGCUAGAGGUUAAAUUAAUUUUCAAAUAAAAGGGAGAAUUCACACUAGCUACAUUAACAUAUAAUUUCUAAAAGUGAUGAGAAUGUUUCAUUUUAUCCACAAGAGAGGCAAAGUAACUUGAUACCUACUCAUUUUGAGGUUUUUUCACUCGCCAGCAAAGUAGGGCCUUGAAACCCUCGCCACGCUAAAGAUUCCACUUUAUUUAAAGACUCACUACGCUUGUGGUUCAACUUUGCAAUCGUUCGCUUGCUCGGAUAUCAAUCGUGCUAAUAAUUAGCACGAGGAGUUAAGCAGCAAAUUUGCCCCCUUGUAAAACAAAUACUAUUUUUAAUCCCGACAGUAGGUACUUACUUCCACAAGUUUAUUUAAUUGGUUACGCUUCAAUAAUAGCCAAACUUAAAGUUGAAGCUACUACGUAAUAGGUCGUGUUCUAUCAGAGAAUAAUUUAUGUAGAACACUCGAGCACGAGAAAACCCACAGUUGUUGGCUAGUCUUCAUGAGAUAGUGACGUUUAGAAGGCCAGCCAAAGAACACUUUUUACCUACGCCGUUUUUUAUACCAAUCGUCAACAAACGCACAUAUUAAUGUAGUUUUUUUGUUGAAAUAAACAAGUCAGUAAAGCGUCAGUUUGGUCUAAAAUGGUCGAGCUAUCGUCUCGUCUAGAAAAUUAAUAAAUAGCUUAGGUAUAUUUCACAUAAUGAAGUUAUGUUUUAGGUUAUUGUGUUAUUUGUGUUUAGUGGUUGUUAUGUUAUGUUCCAACGCUCUUGGAGUGUACAUCUCCAACUUGAACGAAGCUUGUUACCGGUGCCUCUGCCACGUGGCUGGCUGCAACACGUCCCACGCCUGCUCGGGGGGCUACUGCGGGCCCUUCUACAUAUCCAGAGUGUACUGGGUGGAUGCCGGCAAGCCCACGCUGCCUGACGACGAUCCCGUGAGAGAACAAGCGUUCGAAGACUGCGCGAGGGACUACCACUGUUCUUUAAAGAUAAUUGAAGGCUACAUGGCGAAGUUUGGAAAGGACUGCAACGGCGACGGCGUGACGAACUGUUUCGACUACAUGAUGAUCAACCACCACGGCGGAGGCGCCUGCCACUCUCCUCUGGACGCAGACCCACUCGGCCGACGCAGGUUGGCGCUGUUUAACCAGUGCCGCUUCUAACAAACCAGCCGGCCUAGCCAAGGUUACAAUCGCUAUCGCUUCGACAACGAAAAGCAUUAUGUCUCUCUAUCACUCUUCCAUAUUAGCGCGACAGUGACAGUUGCGUUUCGAUCGCUACGGAGCGUAAGCGAUUGGCAUCUUGGCUACGCCGCCUGGACCACUAUAGACCGACCGCUUAAAUGAGUCCUCGCCUGCGCGGUACGGGGGCGACGGGGUAGGAUGACUAAGGGUGGCGGGGAAGGUGCGGGCGGCAGGCGUACGGUGGUCGUAUAUUUGAGCGGCAUUUAAAUCUUGAAGACUUUUUUGAAGAAGAUUCCUUUGAUGAAGUGGACGUACAAAUAUUUUUUAAUUGUGUAAUACUUAAAUCAGAUUUUUUCAAUUUUUUUGUAAGUGUGUAGUUUUCAGAAUUCAGAAGUGGUUAAACCGUUAACCCAGUGUUAAAUUGUACUGUAAACCAUGGUAACUCCAGGUUUAACCGGUAAACCUUACGGUAAACCGGGUUAUGGUGGCGCUAAGGAGAAGAUAAACAAAAGUAUAUUUAAAUUAACUUUAUUCUAACAUAUUUUGCUUACAUCAGUCGAAAUAUUUAUAUGAAACCUUAUAAAUAAUAGUAAUAAAUUGUACCAAUUU